GUCGCCCAGGAAGAAGAUGGCGUCUCGGGUAGAUGUGGAGUUAUCGCAUGGUUUGCAUAUGCCGGUGGCUAGUGCUGGGGCUCUGCAUAAUGAGGCCGAUGCUGCCAGCGACUUUCACCGGUAUUUCAACAAACUGCAAAACCUACAGCCGUCUGACUCCGAGAUCUACCGCACUGAGAUAAACCUCCUGCUGGAUCAGCUCAUCUCUCAGGAUUACUCCCAGGGAAGCAGUGGGAUCCGAGAGGAGGAAGUAUGUGCAUUAUUGACUCAAGCUUGCCGUCUAGUUCAGCUUAGCCAGGAGCACCUAGUGAGCAAAGUGUGCCAGCUUACACAGUAUUUACUCAACAGACUUCAGGUUGUCGUUGAUGAGAAGAAUUUGGAUUUUCUUCUUGCAUUUUCCAUCUCUGCUUUGAAACACUGUAGUACUUGGACACAUGUUGAUAUCCUGCAUGCUUUGGCAGCUUUAGUCUAUAAUAAUGGACAUAACUGUCGGCAGUAUCUUCCUGAUUUAUUGGGUAAAGAUGGAAUCCUGGUGGUGUUAUGUAAUCCAAGUAAGUCAGAACCUGAAUUAUGGAGAGCUUCUGUACACAGCAUGGCUAAUCUAUGCAUCAGUGUACCUGGACAACCUUAUUUGGAUGAACCUUACCGUACUACAUGUUUUCAAACUUUUCUAAAUGUACUUCAGAUGUCCAACACGACUGUAUUUGAUGAAAUUGCAGUUUGUACACUGCUACAAAAUGCUUUAAAAGGAAUUCAGUCUAUUUUAAAUGGAAGCAAAAUUAUGAUAAUGGAUACGGAACAACUUGGCUCACUGCUUGCGGUUCUUAAGAAAUACAUGUUUCAUGGACUUCCUGGACUCAACAUAGAGAUGCCCAUGGUUCUGUAUCCAUCUCCCCUCCCUCAGUAUGAUAGAAGAUCGCCUGUAAAGCCUGAACAAAAUGAGGCAACCACAGUUCGUCCAAACUGGAACAAAAAGAAGAAAUCCAAAGGCAAACAAAAGAAAGGACAGCAGGAGGAAGAGAUGAAGGAGGAACUGGAACCUCCCACUGGAGGAAUAAACCAUGGCUUACAAUCCCUGAAGUUGUGUGCAGAUGACUCAUCCAGUUUAUAUUUGGGACCCCAGAAAUCACCUGGGAAGGCUUCAUAUGUUCCUGUUGGUAAACUUCCAUUAAUGGAACCAUUUCAACGGUAUAAGAAGGCAAGCACCAGUGACUCAGACUGUUCAGAUGCAGAGACUUGCUUGCAGAAUAAAACAAGGUCUUUCCAAGCCAAAGUUCGUCAAGGAUCAUUGUCUUGCUUUCUCUCUUUAAUAAAAUCCACAGAAAAAAAAGUAAUUUACGGCUAUUGGUCAUCCUUUGUUCCAGAUACUCCUGGCUUAGGAAGCAUACAGUCGUUAUCUUUGCUGACUGUUGUACUCAAAGACCAUUCUCCAAAGACACGGGCCAGUGCCCUUCAAGUUCUGUCUGCUCUUUUAGAUGGAUCAAAACAGUUUCUUUCUGUUGCUGAUGAUGUCAGUGAACACAAAAGAGCAUUCACCCCUUUUUCUGUCACACUUGCUUCAAGUAUCAGGGAACUCCACCGAUGCUUGUUGCUAGCAAUUGUUGCGGAGUCAUCUGCACAAACAUUAACACAAAUAAUUAAAUGCCUUGCAAAUUUAGUAUCAAAUGCACCUUAUCAUCGUUUGAAACCUGGUCUUCUUACUAGAGUGUGGAACCAAAUCAAACCAUAUUUCAGGAAUAAAGAUGUUAAUGUUCGUGUUGCCAGCCUUACUUUAUUGGGGUCAAUUGUUUCUGUUUCUGCUAUACCUGAAGUCCAAUUACUUUUACAACAGCCGGGUGGCUCCCUGAUGUCAAAUAGUGGUUCUGCUAGUCCUAGUCAACCCUGUGGUGCAGAAGUGUGGAGAAAAGACUUGUUUACAGAGCUAGAUGGGAGAAAGUGCCUCCAUUCGGAGCAGUCCCAGGCUGAGCCAUGCUGGCUUAUACGGCUGUGUAUUACAUUAGUGAUCAAACAAAGGGAAGACUCGUAUUCUGAUAGUGAUGUCAGUUCUGCAUCUUCAGUCUUCAGUGAGCCUUCCCCAGUACGGCUGGAAGCAUUGCAGGUACUUGCACGCCUUGUAAAAGGAUACUUUAAUAUGGCUCAGAGCUAUUUAAUUGAACUUGGUGAGGUAGCAUGCAGGUGUAUGCAAGAAACUGAUGCUUCUAUUCAGCUCCAUGGUGCCAAGCUGUUGGAAGAGUUGGGAACAGGGAUUGUUCAAGAACAGAAACCAGGUUCUUUGAUUCCUCCUGGUCAAAGAGUGCCUGUUAGUCAGACUACAACAUUCUGGAAUAUGAUAUUGAAUGGUCCACUGCCUGGGGCAUUGCAGAAUGAACAACAUCCUACACUCCAAACAAGUGCUUGUGAUGCAUUAUCAUCUAUCCUGCCAGAAGCUUUCAGUAAUUUGACUGAUGGUCAUCAGAUUCUGUGUAUAACACUGUUGCUUGGCCUAAAUCACAGUGAAAAUCCUUUGGUAAAAGCGGCAGCUGCAAGAGCCCUUGGAGUAUAUAUUCUCUUCCCUUGUCUUCGACAGGAUGUCAUGUUUGUUGCUGACACAGCAAAUACAGUAUUGAUGUCUCUUAAUGAUAAAUCUCCAAAUGUACGUGCCAAAGCAGCCUGGUCUUUGGGCAAUCUCACUGACACGCUUAUUGUUAAUAUGGAAGCUUUGGGGCAUAGUUUUCAAGAAGACUUUUCAGACAUGCUGUUACUGAAAAUGUUAAAAGCAGCAACUGAAGCAUCAAAAGACAAAGAUAAGGUAAAAAGUAAUGCUGUUCGUGCUCUGGGAAAUCUGCUUCAUUUUUUGCAACCUCAUCACAUCAUAAAACCAGGGUUCUGUGAAACUAUUGAAAACUCUAUCCGGGCCCUUAUUACAACUGUUCUUGGAGAUGGCACAAUGAAAGUGAAAUGGAAUGCAUGCUAUGCAUUGGGAAAUGUAUUUAAAAAUGUUUCCUUGCCUUUAGGUACAGCUGAAUGGACAGCAGAUGCUUAUAAUGCUCUCACCACAGUUGUAAAAUCCAGUAAGAACUUUAAGGUACGGAUAAAAUCAGCAAUGGCUCUUUCCAUACCUUCAAGAAGAGAACAAUAUGGGACGUCUGAACAAUACUGUGAUAUCUGGAAUGCCUUAGUAAUAGCUUUGGAAAAGAGUGAAGAUACGGAAGAUUUUAUGGAGUUUAGGUAUUGUGCAAGUCUACGGGCGCAAAUUUGCCAAUCUUUGAUUCACCUAUUAAGCAUGGCAAGCUAUGAAGAUUUACCUUUUAUUAGAAAGACAUUGUUUGAGAAAGCAGACACAAUCAAAAACUACAUUGUGCAAUUUGUGAAGUCUGACAUAAGCAGUGAAGAAACUCAAGAAGGGCAUCAGGAAAGGGAUAAAAUGCUCGAAAAGGCUGUAGAUAAUCUUCGCAGUAUUCAGGAUCUCCAUGGAGGCACAAAAGUUCUCACUGAAGUGGCUUAUUUAGAAUCUGUUUUAGUGAGUUGUAAAAAUGAAAUAGAAACAUAGAAAGCUUAUUUUGAUCAAACUUUCAUUUUAAAUCACCAUAAACUAAUCAGACAAGUUUUAAAGCAAUACUUUUCUUUCAGUAACCUGUUUAACAAAGUAAUUCACUUUACCAUUAACAUAUUGUACUUGAACUUAUGAGACUCCACACAAAACACAGGAGCUAUAGAUGUACAUAUGUUACAUAUCUACGUAUAUCAAUUUCAGUUUUAAAUUGCACUCAUAAGACAUCAAGGAAUUCCAACAUAUGUUCGACAUAUGCAAUAAAUUUGAUUAUUUCUUUGACGCCAACUAAUUUGAUUGUUUUUUACGUAGCAUGUUUUAACAGAUUUUGUGCUGAAAAAAAUCAAUUUUCAUACAUAUAUGCAAAAUUAAGCCUCCCCUUGAUUAUUAUACAGAAUGUAUGGUUGUAAUCUGUGCUUUUGUGUAAGGGUCUGCAUUCAGCAAGUGCAUGACAACAUACGUUAGCCUUCACAUGGCCACCCAAAACAAACACUCUGAAUAACCA